CUCACCUUCGCGCUGUCCAGGCGAGUCGGUGAGGCGGCCCGGGGUGAGUUGGCUCCGGCUGCCGGGUGGGGACUGGAAGGGAUGUGUGGUGUCCUCGGAGCCCGGCCCGGCAGAGGCUGUGGCCCCCGCAGGGACUGAGCGGAGCUCGGCAGGGAGCGGACCCGCAGCCGGCACUGCCGCCUCCACUCGCCUUGGAUCCUGAAUCCUCCUUAGGGCGAAGGGUCCUGCGUCCCGGUCCAUGCCGGCUGUGGUCUGGGGCGUGCGGCGGGGGUCCCCCAGACCCGCUUCGCCGACCCGGACUGUUGUGCAGCGAUGAGGCUGCAAGCAGGAGGCGGAGGCCUGGCGAGGUGGGGCUGCUCCGGGGAGCACCAGGCUCUGUCACGAGGCCUCCUCCCGCCGGCGCUUCCCCGCGAUGCGGUUUCCCGCAGCCUUCUUUCCCCGGACGCAGUUUUACCCUAUCCACGGGUUGGGGCAUGAAUUGUAAUAGAGGUGAGACGUUAGUGUAGCAGGCAAUAACGCAGCAAAAUAACUUUUGGUUUUGACAAGGGCCACGCACAGCGUAAACCAAGGAGAUAAAAUUGUGAGAGGGUAGCUUUGGCGGUCAGGGCGGCUCUGAGAGCUAACAAACUGAAAUCUGGGACAUAGUGAGCAGGGUGCCCCAGGUCCCUGAGGAACAGCGUUUAUUGUACGUAUGCAGGGAGGUGACCCCUCCUAGUCUUCCAGACCCCAGUUAAAUAUUACUUCCCCCAGUAACAUUUCGUGUGGUUCUCCAUCUAAAUGAGCACCCUCCUCCCCUUGACAUUUUCUCUCUCAGCACUUGAAGCAACAACUUGAUCUGUUGUCAUAUCACUGUGCGAUUACCAGUGCUGUUUAAUGUGACUGAAGAUGUAUUUCCUAAUUCCAAAGAUAGAACUAAAAGCAGGGUUUUUUUAACCCUCUAACCAGGACAUGCACUCCCCGGACAUGAACAAAGAAAAAACAACGCAUGCACUGUCUCUAGCACCUGCUCCUCCACAAAGGGUACCCUGGAAUGGUGAUGGCACUUCCGAUGCCCGGACCCCAGGAGGCUGUUGUGUUCGAGGAUGUGGCUGUGUACUUCACGAGGAUAGAGUGGAGUUGCCUGGCCCCCGACCAGCAGGUACUCUACAGGGACGUGAUGCUGGAGAACUAUAGGAACUUGGCCUCGCUAGGCUUUCUUGUUGCCAAACCAGCACUGAUCUCCCUCUUGGAGCAAGGAGAGGAGCCAGGGGCCUUGAUUCUGCAGGUGGCUGAACAGAGAGGGGCCAAAACCAGCCUGUGCACAGAUUCUAGGAUGGAGGCCGGGAUCAUGGAGUCUUCUCUGCAGAGAAAGCUCUCCAGGCAGGCAGGACUCUCAGGCACGGUGUGGAGGUGCCUCCCUGAGGAGGACCCCGCACCACCCCACCCGCAUAGUGGUCCUGAGGAAGGGUCAGAGAAGCAAACCCCCACUCCGGAGCGCAGCGCCUCCCCAGGGCUUCUGCAAGAAGACCUGGGCCGGCCCAUAGGGAGCUCAGCUCCGCGCUACAGGUGCGGGUGCGGCAAAGCGUUCAGAUACAACUCCCUGCUGCUCAGGCACCAGAUCAUCCACACUGGCGCCAAGCCCUUCCAGUGCACGGAGUGCGGGAAGGCCUUCAAGCAGAGCUCCAUCCUGCUGCGGCACCAGCUGAUCCACACCGAGGAGAAGCCGUUCCAGUGCAGCGAGUGCGGCAAGGCCUUCCGGCAGAGCACGCAGCUGGCUGCCCACCACCGCGUCCACACCCACGAGCGGCCUUACGCGUGCAACGAGUGCAGCAAGACCUUCAGCCGCAGCUCCCGGCUGCUGCAGCACCAGAAGUUCCACACCGGGGAGAAGGCCUACGAGUGCGGCGAGUGCGGCAAGGCCUUCUGCCGCAGGUUCACCCUCAACGAGCAUGGCCGCAUCCACAGCGGGGAGCGGCCCUACCGGUGCCUGCAGUGCGGGCAGCGCUUCAUCCGGGGGUCCUCGCUCCUGAAGCACCACCGCCUGCAUGCCGAGGAGGGUCCCCAGGAUGGCGGCGCGGGGCAGGGAGCCCUGCUCGGAGUGGCACAGAGGCCACAGGCGGGGGGCCGGUCCUACGAGUGCCCGGCGUGCAGGAAGCCGUUCCGACACCACUCCCUGCUGCUGCUGCACCUGCACCUGCACACUGGCGAGAAGCCAUUCGUGUGCGCAGAGUGCGGCAAGGCCUUUGGUCGCAAGUCCAACCUCACUCUGCACCAGAAAAUCCACACCAAGGAGAAGCCCUUCGCGUGCACCGAGUGUGGCAAGGCCUUCCGCAGGAGCUACACGCUGAACGAACACUACCGGCUCCACAGCGGCGAGAGGCCAUACCAAUGCCGCUCCUGCGGGAGGGCCUGCAGCCGCCUGUCCACCCUCAUCCAGCACCAGAAGGUGCAUGGCCACGAGCAGCGGGAGGACAUGGAGGGCAGGCGGGCGCCUCGCUGGGCUUCCUGAUGACUGGGACAACAGUCCGAGGAUUCACACGGGAAGCCUGCACAAGCGGGCGCGGCCCUAGCGCAGAAAUUCGAAUCCCACGUCCUGAAGGUGCAGCAGAGUCUUGAGAAGGGGCCAGCUCUCACCCGGAGCGCUCGGCCUCUUGCUCCAGCUGGUCAGUGGGGAGGGAAAGGGCACCUAGUGGCCCAUGGUGUGGCCUCAGGAAUCAGCAUCAGCCACCAUUUCCUGGGACCUCUGGGAAACGUCCAGGAGCUGGCAGAGAAGUGAGGGAGGGAGGGGCAGCUGUGCUCAAUCCCCAAAGAGCAGAGCAAAGGGGACGCCAUAGACAUUCAUGCAGCCUGGCACAGCCAGGUUUUCUCAGCACCAGGCCCUGCGUGGUGGUAAAUUUCAGGUGGUGUAAAGCUGACUCAGGAUAGAAGAUGCCAUGUGUCCUGCCUGUAAUCUCAUCACUUUGGGAGGCCAAGGCAGGAGGUUUGCUUGAGACCAGCCUGGGCAACAUAGUGAAACUUCUCUACAAAAAAUUAAAAAAUUAGCCAGGCAUGGUGGCAUGUGCUUCUAGGUUGUAGUCCCAGCUACUUGGGAGGCUGAAGUGGGAGGAUGGGUUGAGCCUGGGAGGUCAAGGCUGCAGUGAGCUAUGACAGCACCACUGCACUCUAGCCUGGGUGACAGAGUGAGACCCUGGUUUUUUUGUUUGUUUGUUUGUUUUUUUUAAAGAAAACCCUCAAAAAGAAAAGAAAGAACAGCCUCAAUGGCUGGUGGGGCAUUUAUUUAUUUAUUUGAGACAGGAUAUCUGUGUCAGUCAGCCUGGAGUGCAGUGGCUCAGUCGUGGCUUACUGCAGCCUUGCACUCCCAGGCUCAAGAGUUUCUCCCACCUCAGCCUCCUGCAUAGCUAGGACUAAGGUACACACCACUGCAUCUGGCAGCUGGUGAAGCAUUGUUUCUGAGUGUGUGAGGGUGUUUUGUUGGACUUGGUGAAGAUCUGCUCUCAGUGUGGUCAAGCACAUCCAGUUGGUUGGGGGCCCAGAUGGAACACAGAAGAGCAAAUUUUCUCUCAUCUGGAGGGAGACACCCAUCUUCCCUUGUCCUUGGACAGUAGGACUCUAGGUUCCUCCACCUUUGGACUCAAGACUUGCCACAGAGGCCUCCCAGGGCUCUCGAGCAGUCAGCCUCAGAAUGAGAGUUAAACCACUGGCUUCCUUGGUUCUCCCAUAUUCUUACCUGGACUGAGCCACACUAAUGGCUUCUCUGGGUCUCCAGCUUACAGACAGCCUGUGAGAGAAUUUCUCAGCCUCCAUAAGUAUGUGGACCAAUUCCCCUAAUAAAUCCACUUUUCUGGCUGGGCUCGGUGGCUCAAGCCUGUAAUCCCAGCAUUUGGGGAGGCAGAGGUGGGCGGAUCACCUGAGGUCAGGAGUUUGAGACCAGCCUGGGUGAAACCCUGUCUCUAUUAAAAAUACAAAAAUUAUCCGGGCAUGGUGGUGGCUGCCUGUAAUUCCAGCUACUUGGGAGGCUGAGGCAGGAGAAUCACUUGAACCUGAGAAGUGGAGGUUGCAGUGAGCCGAGAUCGCACCACUGCACUCCAACCUGGGUGACAGAGCAAGACACUGCCUCCAAAAAAAUAAAAGAAAUCCCCUCUCCUAAA